AUGCUACAUCACAGCAACGUGCCAUCCUACAGGAACGUGAAAACCAAUGUAACAGAAACCAAGAAAUGCAACGAGGUUAAUUUCAUGACAGAGCCGUCGCAGCUGCAGCGGAUGGGUGCCGGGCGGCUCCUCAUGGCGCUCACCAUGGCGGUGGCAGCGCUCGUGGAAAUGAAGCGGCUCGACAGCGCGGCGCGUGGGGAAGAGAUCAGCAUCUCGUGGCAGCUGCCCCAGUACUUCUUCCUUGCCGGCGGGGAGGUGUUCUGCUACAUCGCGCAGCUGGAGUUUUUCUUUGACGAGGCGCCGGACACCAUGAAGAGCAUGUGCACGUCGCUGGCUCUGCUCACCAUCGCGCUGGGGAGCUACAUGAGCUCCUUCAUCUACGCCAUCGUGGAGGCCUUCACGGCGACGGGGGACAGUCCCGGGUGGAUCUCCGACGACCUCAACAAGGGCCACCUCGACUACUUCUUCUGGGCCAUGGCUGCAAUGUGCACGCUCAACUUCGUCGUGUACAGCGGCAUCGUCAAGAACUACAGGCUCAAGACGGUCAUCCCGUGA